AUGACUAAAAAAAAUCUUGGCUCUUGUUUUGUUUGUAAUUGCCAGAUUAGACCAAAUCAAUAUCACAGAAUCACAGAAUAUGCUCUAAGAAAAGCAAAAGAAAAAGAAACUUUUAAUAGGUAUAACUAUUUAGAAGUUGGAAAACAACUGUGCUAUCCUUAUUACCUUGAAAUUGUUGAACCCGACUGCUAUAAUGAGUCAUCAACUAAUAAUAAUAGGCAAGAUCACAUAAUCAUUAGAAAACUAUUAUCAUUUGGGAAAAAAAUUACUUUAAUGACUAGAGUGUUAUACAAAAAACAAAGAAAAGAAAAUAAUACACUAGAAUUAAACCCAGAUCGUUUUCAGACAAUGCUUGGGGAUGCUGAACCACAAUUGGUAGGAUUCUUUGAUAAGCUUUACAAUGCAUUUAUUCUAGCAAGACGACUUGUAAAUAACUAUUCUUUGGAAAUCGGAUUAUAUUUAGUGGUAUCGGGUGCUUUUUGUGAUGCAAUUAAUGCAAUACAUAAUGCAGAAAAUAUUCGAAAAUAUUUUGCUGAAAAAGUAAAAGAAUCACAGAAUUCCGAAGAGACAGAAGAAGACACAGAAAAACAUGAGUUUAUUCAAAAGAGAGAUAGAGACGUAUUGAAAUUACAAAAUGCAUUAGAAGAUAUAGAUAAAUGGUAA